AUGGACGGGCUGGACGAGUUCGAGAAGAAUCUCGCCGCCGAAAAGGCCGAGCGCGAAAAGUCAGAGCACGAUCGCGAGCGGCAUCGGCACCACAGCCACAAGCACAGGCACCACCAUCGAGAAGAGCGGGACAGAGAUCGAGAUCGAGACGGCGAAGAGCGACACAGACAUCGCCAUCGCGACAGCGAGAGAGACGGAGAGCGCGAGAGAGACGGAGAGCGCGAGAGAGACAGAGACAGGCACGACAGCGCCGAGCAAGACAGAAAGCCGAGCGACGACGCAGAACCAGGAUCAAAGACACUGGAGCGCGAUGCUUGGAUGACGGCGCCUUCAGCCUUCGAAGUCGAGCACGUCCACCGUCCAGGGCAGAACAAACCACGAUCGCCGACGCCCGAACCUCCCAAACGAGUGAUACACAGUCGCGAGCUCAACAGCGGCCACCUCGAGGACCUGAACAGCGGCAAGGCGCCGGCAAACCAGGAGCAGACGUCCAAGAGGACAGUCGACUACACGUUUGGCGACGCGGGCUCAAAGUGGCGAAUGACCAAGCUGAAAGCCGUCUACAACACUGCGAAGGAAACGGGACAACCCGUCGAGGAGGUUGCCUUGAAGCAAUUCGGCAGCCUGGAAUUCUUCGAUGACGCCCGCGAAGAAGAGGAAGAGAUGGAGCGCAGACGACUCUACGGCGAAGAUGCCAAAAGCAAAGACAAGCCUACGGGCGAGCUCUACAACCAGCGGAUAAAGGAGCAGAGGCGUGCAGAACCCGUCAGCCAAGAAGUCCAAGGCGAGAUCAUGCAGGAGAACCCUAUCCAGCCUGUUCCUGUGCCGAUGGACCAAACGGCAUUGAACAGACUGCGCGCCCAGAUGAUGAAGGCAAAGCUCCGGAAGGCUCCCAAUGCCGCCCAACUGGAAGAAGAAUACAACCGUGCGGCAGCCGCAGCAGCCCCCCGCAUCAACGCGCCCGAAGCCGUCGUCCUGGGCGUCAUGGAGAGCCGUCAGCUGGCCGGCACUCGUGCCGAAGUCAAGGCCGUCGACAACAAGCGCGGCCGUGAGCGCGGCCUCGUCGAAGAAAACACAGACAUGACCAUUGAACAGAUGCUCCAGGAAGAGCGCCGGACCAAGGGCCAAGCAGGAGGCGAAGGCCUGCGCCUGGCCGAGCGCAUCGCCAAGGACGCAAAGUUCGACAACGACCUCGAGUACAUGGACGAGAACGCCGAGAAGCUCGCCAAGCGGGUGCACAAGAGCGAGGUCAACCUCAAGAACAUGGCCGUCAGCGAGUUCCAGAAGAUGAACCGCAUCCUCGAGAACUGCCCGCUGUGCCACAAGGAGGACAAGGGCCUGCCGCCGAUUGCGCCCGUCGUGUCGCUCGCGACGCGGGUGUUCCUGACGUUGCCCACCGAGCCGGAGAUUAGCGAGGGAGGGGCGGUGAUUGUGCCCAUUGCGCAUCGGAACAAUCUGCUCGAGUGCGACGAUGACGAGUGGGAGGAGAUUCGGAACUUCAUGAAGAGCCUCACGCGGAUGUAUCACGAUCAGGGACGGGAGGUCGUCUUUUACGAGAAUGCUGCUGCGCCGCAGAGGCAUAUGCACGCUGCCAUGAUGGCGGUGCCUAUCCCGUACGACCAAGGCGCCAUGGCACCAGCCUUCUUCAAGGAAGCCUUUCUCUCGUCUGAUGAAGAAUGGUCUCAGCACCGCAAAAUCAUCGACACGGAGGCGAAAGCCAAAGAAGGCAUGGGCCGGUCCGCUUUCCGCCGGAGCAUCGCCAAGGAGAUGCCCUACUUCCACGUGUGGUUCUCGCUGGAUGGCGGGCUAGGCCACAUUGUCGAGAACGCGGACCGGUGGCCCAAGGGGGAUCUCUUCGCGCGGGAGGUCCUUGGCGGGAUCGUGGAUGCUGAUGCGCAUGUUAUCAAGAAGCAGGGGCGGUGGGCAAAGGUUGACGGGAGGGUUGAGGGGUUCAAGAAGGGGUGGAGGAAGUUUGAUUGGACGAGGGUGUUGGCUGAUGCUUGA